CAGCAAGAAACAACAACAAACGUAACAAACAAAAAAAAAAAGCAAAAUUGUUUGUCAGCUAGUGUGUACAUACAUACGUAUGUAUAUGUGUGCAUAUGUGUCCGUGUGUCUGUGUGUAAGCAGCAGCAGCAGAAGCAGCGUCGCCGUCGUCUUUAGCUUCAAGUGAAACAUGUUUUUUUGUAUGGCGCUGCCCACGGCGACAACCACAACAACAAAAUUGACAACAAUUUAUAACAAAAACAACGACUACAACAACAACAAACAGUAACAGUCAACAUCUCUCCAAGACGACAUCAACAACAAAGCAGCAGCAGCAACAACAACAGCAACAACAACAACAACAACAGCAGCAACAACAACAACUGUGUUCAGCGUUUAUGUCAAAAAAGAGAAACAAAAAUCGUGCGUGUUAUUUUUGUUGUGUUUCGUUAAUUCGCUCAUGAAAUGUUUGUUCCCAUGCAAAAUGUGCAAAACAGUACUUUGUAUUAACAACAACUACUACAACAACUUCAACAACAACAACAGCAACAACAACAGCAACAACAACAGCAGCAGCAGCAACAUUAACUUAAAGACAACAACAACAAUAACUUAGUUACAAAAACAAACGUUUUUUUUUUGUGUCCGCCUUUCGCAUUUCUCUCGCUUCGCGCGUGUGUGUGUGUGUAGGGGGCAGAGAGAGAGAGACUGAGAGAGAGAGAGAGACGGAGAGAGAGUUUUUUGUCUUGCGUUUUUGGGCGCUUGCGCGCGCACACACACACACAGACAUUCACAGACACACAUCUAUAUAUAUGCACACAGACACACGUGCGCGUAGGUAGUGUGUGUGUGUGUGCAAUGGAUUUGCAUUGUGAUUGCAAAUGCAUGAACUUGCGUGUGUGUGUAAAUACGUAUGUGUAUAUGUGCAUAAAUGCGACGGUAAAUAAAUGAAAAACGCAAAGUCAUCAGCAUUAGGAGCAACAAAAACAGUAACAACAAUUAAUCGACGUGCAUGUGUGUGUGUGCAGCGGCAACAACAACAACAACAACAGCAGCAGCAACAACAGCAGCAACAACAGCCGCAACAACAGCAGCCACAACAGCAGCAGCAGCCACUUAACAGCAGCAAUAACAUUAACAUACACAUAACAUAGACGUAACAUUCAAAGCAAAUCCAACAAAAGACUUGAAAAGUGUGUUCAUUACUUUAAAGAAAAACAAACAAAACAAAAGAAAACAAAAACAAAAAAGGAAACAGCAAAUAAAAAAGCAAACGCAAAAUAAAUUAAAAAAAAAUUAUACAUAUAUUGUCUAACAUAACAUACACACACAUAUAUAUAUAUAUAUAUAUAUAUAUAUAAAAGAAAGAUAAAAAACAGCCCAAAAUAUAUGAAUUAUAUAUACCCAAUAUACAUAUACAACAGACACACGAACAAAAAUAAAAACAAAUUCAGCAAAUUCAGUAACCAAAUUAACAACGAGAGGUAAAUAAUUAAUUGCCGCAACAAAGUUAAUCACUAAUUUAAUUUAAACGAACAAGAACAACAACCAAAUCGCAAAUCAUUUACAAUUUACGCAAAUUAUAUGUGAACAAAGAAUACAUAUAUAUAUAUAUAUAUUUAUAUCUAUAUAUAUAUAUACGUAACACAUAUAUGUAUAUGUAUAUCUAUAGAUAUAUUAUAAAUGCCCAUAUACCUGCAUCUAGGUAUACAUAACAUAAUUCAGCAUUAAGCAUUAAACCAACAACAGAAGCCACAUGUAUAGAUUGGAGGACACGAACAGCGGCGCCGUUAUGGAUAAGAACAAGCAGAAAUUAUCCGCUGGCUAUGGUUCCAGUGGUGGCGCCGUGGACACAUCGCAGGGCAGCGGGAGCGGCGGCGGCGGCGGCGGCAGCGGCAGACAGCGCCAUGCGCCGCUCUACGGACGCUUUGUGGUCGAAGAGGAACUGCCCGCCACGCAUCGUGAUGUUAUGCAUCAUCACUCUAGUCCUUCGUCUUCGUCGGAGGUGCGCGCCAUGCAGGCACGCAUACCCACACACUUUCGAGAUCCGGCCAUGGCGCCGUUGCGCAAGCUGAGCGUCGAUCUGAUAAAGACCUACAAGCACAUCAAUGAGGUAUACUACGCGAAGAAAAAGCGCCGUGCCCAGCAGACACAGGGUGAUGAUGAUUCGUCAAAUAAAAAGGAGCGCAAGUUAUAUAAUGAUGGUUACGAUGAUGAUAAUCACGACUACAUCAUCAAAAAUGGCGAGAAGUUUCUGGAUCGUUACGAGAUUGAUUCACUAAUCGGCAAAGGCAGUUUUGGUCAGGUGGUUAAGGCCUACGAUCAUGAGGAGCAAUGCCAUGUGGCAAUCAAGAUAAUUAAGAAUAAGAAACCGUUCCUAAAUCAGGCACAAAUCGAAGUCAAACUGCUCGAGAUGAUGAAUCGUGCGGAUGCUGAAAACAAAUACUAUAUCGUCAAGCUCAAGCGCCAUUUUAUGUGGCGCAAUCAUCUGUGCCUCGUCUUCGAGCUGCUCUCGUAUAACCUGUACGAUCUGCUUAGGAACACAAAUUUCCGUGGCGUCUCGCUGAACCUCACGCGCAAAUUUGCGCAGCAACUGUGCACGGCCCUCCUGUUCCUGAGCACACCCGAACUGAACAUAAUACACUGUGAUCUGAAGCCCGAGAACAUAUUGCUAUGCAAUCCCAAGCGAUCGGCCAUCAAAAUUGUUGAUUUCGGCAGCUCCUGUCAGCUGGGACAGCGCAUCUAUCAGUACAUCCAAUCGCGCUUCUAUCGCUCGCCGGAAGUGCUGCUUGGAAUACAAUAUGAUCUGGCUAUCGAUAUGUGGUCGCUGGGCUGCAUUCUGGUCGAGAUGCACACCGGUGAGCCGCUCUUCUCCGGCUGCAACGAGUUCGAUCAGAUGAACAAGAUUGUCGAGGUGCUGGGCAUGCCGCCCAAGUAUCUGCUGGAUCAGGCGCACAAGACGCGCAAGUUCUUUGACAAGAUUGUCACCGAUGGCUCCUAUGUGCUAAAGAAGACAUUGAACGGUCGCAAAUAUAAGCCGCCCGGUUCCCGCAAGCUGCACGAUAUCCUGGGCGUCGAGACGGGCGGACCGGCCGGCAGGCGCCUCGACGAGUCCGGCCAUUCGGUAUCCGACUAUCUCAAGUUUAAGGAUCUGAUAUUGCGCAUGCUCGACUUCGAUCCAAAGACGCGCGUCACACCGUACUAUGCCUUGCAGCACAACUUCUUUAAGCGCACCACCGACGAGUCGACCAACACGAGCGGCGCGGGCGCCACUGCGAAUGCCGGCGCCGGUGGCAGCGGCUCCGGCGGCUCCUCAUCCGCUGGCGGCAACAGCGGCAGCGGCAGCGGCGGAGCUCCAACUGCCACCGGCAACAACAAUGCCAGCAAUGCCAACAAUGCCAGCAAUGCGAACAAUGCCAGCGGCGGCGCAACUGGCGGCGGUGCAGCGGCAGCAACUGGCGGCGGACCCGGCGUCACCAACAACAGCAGCAGCAGCAACAACAGCGUUGUCUCCUCCAGCGCCGCAGUCGCAGCCGCCGUCGUCAACAACAACAACUCCUCUUCGUCUGGCGGCAGCAGCAGCAGCAACAGCGGCAUCGCCGCCGCCGCCGCCGCCGCCGGCGGCGCCACCGGACAACAGCUGCAGCUGCAGCUGCAGCAGCAGCAAUCGCUCGUCUCCAGCAGCAACAGCGGCGCCAUCGAUCCCCAAUGUUUGGGUCUGCUAUUGCAUCACACAAACAACAAUCACAGCAACAACAACAACUCGACAGUUGCGGCGAAUGCGAUGAACUUUUCGGCGCUCAGUCUGCAGCCGCAGCCAGCGUCAACAGCAGCGACCAACAACAACAACAUUAACAUUAGCAACAACAACAACAACAACAACAUUAACAGUCUGAAUAGCUUAAAUCACAGCAGCGGCGUCGGCGUCGGCAUCGGCUGCAACAGCGGUCGCCGCAACAUUUACAUGGGCAACAGCUAUCCGCACGCCAUGGACUGUGAUCCGCCGCUGGCGCAACAGAUGCUGCCGCCGCCGCUGCCGCCAGUAUCGGCUGUGGCUAUGGCAGCGGCAGCGCUGCGUCUUGGCCAGCCGCAUUUUGGACGCAUGCGCAGCAGCGGUGUCGGCGCUGGCGUUGGCGUUGGCCCGCAUCAGAAUUUCAGCAGCAUUAAGCAUAACGGUGCAGUGCAGCCGCAGCCGCCGCCACCGUCGAUGCUGCUGCCGCCGCUACCACCCGCCGCACAUCAAAUGCAAAUGCAACCGCAGCCCCAGCCGCAUCACAGCUUUGCGCCAGCUUCGCUGCCGCUGGACCUGAUGCAUCAUUACGGCAACAUGUCCGCAGCUGCGUCGCAUCUGAUGAUGACAGAUUCGAGCGUUAUCAGUGCCUCGGCUGCCGGCGGUCCGGCUGGCUCGGGACCGGCCUCCUAUACGGCGCUGCUUUAUCAUCCGCAACCGUUGGCGCCGCUGCCGCUGCCACUGUCCAUGCCGCUGCCAGCAUCUGCAUCAACGUCAUCAUCGUUGGCUGCGCUGCCAGCAUCGGCAGCAACGUCCGGCAGCGGCAGCGGCAGCUCAGCAGCGGGCGCCAGCAGCGAUGCCUCCUCGUCGUCGCCCAUGGUGGGCGUAUGUGUUCAACAGAAUCCUGUAGUUAUACAUUAGCGUUACCUGCCGUCUAUAUAAACUAUAAUUUAACAAUUUUA